AAAAUAAAAUCCCUAGAAGCUUAACCUGGCAAGCAGGGGCAACCUUCACUUCACUGAAAGCGUGGCAAAAGAGGAAGAAACUUGGUUUUGUUGAAGAAGAAGAGAGAGAAUAAUAAGCAAAGAAGAUGUUUAAGAAGGCGAUAGAGCUGAAGUCGCACCAGAGAUUGUCAGGUGCUGACAGGAAGAAGCUCAAGAGGACCGUCAAGGACAGAUUCCCCGCCGCUUCCGAUUCUGAUAUUGAUUCCUUACUUCCUCCCAAGGCGGAGAUUACGGUUGCCAAGUUUCAGAAUCGAGUUCAUGUUUAUAGCGUUGAAGCUGCUUUUCCUGUGUUUUUCGAUAUCGAUGGUCGAGGCAAUGAGAUUUUCCCAACAGUAUAUGCUCUCUGGAAGGUUCCUGAUCUAAUGCCUUCUUUCUUGUUGAAAGGGGGCGAGGUCUCUCGUUAUGUCAUUGGGGGUGCUGAUCUCAUGUUUCCAGGUAUCAGCGUACCUGCUGAAGGUCUGCCUUCAUUUUCUGCUGGCGAACCAUGGGCUGUCAAAGUUCCCGGAAAUCCUGCUCCAAUUGCAGUUGGGAGUACCACAAUGAGCAGCGCUGAAGCAUUAAAAGCUGGUUUGCGAGGGAAGGCUUUGAAAAUUACUCACUAUUAUCGUGACUUACUUUGGGAAUCAGUUGAAGGCCACUAUGUACCAAAUGCAGGAUUUUUGGAAGAUGUGGUGUUUGAGGAUCCGGCCUCAUCAUCAUGUCAAACUUCAGAUUCACGUGACGAUGCUACAGAUUCUUCGCAUAACCAACCGAGUGAGACUAAUGGAAAAGAAGUAGAGGACUCUGUUGGUGCAGCUGAGGAACACCCUAUACUUGAUUCUGCUUCAGUAUCCCAAAUUGAAGGCAAAAAUGAUACUGCUGAAGGGAUAACCUCAGGUGUAGCGGAUUUGAAGGUAACGGAUACCACUACUGCCGAUGAAAUGGUUGUGGAGGAUCAACAGCCUUUGUCCAUUGAGGAUGUGGACAUGCUUUUGGACAAGUGUCUACUGCAAGCGUUGCACACAACUGUCAAAGAUAAAGACUUGCCCAUGCCUGGAAGCACACUAUGGUCAAAUCACGUAUUACCUUGUAGACCUUCAGGCGUCACCCUUGACAUCAAGAAAUCAUCGCAUAAGAAAUUGUCAAAGUGGCUACUAGCUAAAUCUUCUACAGGAUUGAUAACAGCAAAAGAGGAUAAGCAUAAGAAAGAGGCUGUGUUAUUCGCUGUUAAUCGUGGUCAUCCAGAUUACUCAUCCUUCAAGCCAGAGAAACGGAAAAUUGAGAAAAGUGAGCAGACCACAGAACAUUCUCAGGGUGAAAGUCGGUCUGAUAAUAAAAUGCUUGAAGUUGCGGAGAUUUAUAAACCGAGUGUACAUGUAAAUCCCAUAUUUACGGCUGUAGGAGCUGGUACAGGAAUGCUUUACAGUGCUUCAGAUGCCAUUGCUGUUGUUUAUAAAUAUAUCGAGAAUGAGAAUCUUGUGAAGCUGACAAACAAGUCCAUCGUUGUUUUGGAUGCGAUAUUAUGUGAUGCACUGUUCAAGGGAGCCAUAAAAAAAGGUUCGACAUAUCCAACAGAAAUUCAUAAGAAAGAUCUGGGAUCAACAUUCAUAAACCGGAUGCAAGCUCAUCACAUUGUGACUAGAGGAGGUGAGUCGGUUGUUCGUAAAGGUGGUCUGAAAACAAUCCAGAUAGUGACAGAACGAAGGCAAGGCAACAAAAAGGUGACAAAACUCUCUGGGAUGGAAACAUUUUUGAUCGAUGCUGAUGCUUUGGCAUCUGAGCUGCAGAAAAAGUUUGCUUGUAGCACGUCUGUGGCAGAACUUCCUGGUAAAAAAGGACAUGAGGUCCUGGUUCAAGGUGGCGUUAUUGAUGACCUAGCAAAGCAUUUGAUUGAGCGAUACGGAAUUCCAAAGAGAUACAUUGAAGUACUGGACAAAACCAAGAAAUGAGAGGUCGAACGGAAAGUGUUAUUCUCCUCUACCUUAAGUUGAGUUUGAACAGCGUCAGAUGUUGAGGAUGGUGGACAAUACUACAUGCCAAAUAUGAAAGCUUGAGUGGUAUUCCUUUUGCAAUAAUAUUGCGACUGAUCAGUUUUACCAAUGUUUAGGAAUUGGUAUUGUUAUUUUGGGCGAUAUUUCAGUACUAUAUAUAUCUUUUUUGCAUUCGAGUCCUUUGUACAUCGAAAUGGCCGGCAGUGCUUUGAUGGAAAAGUUGUAGCUCUUCGUGUUUUACGUAAUAUAUACAAAAUUUCAUCGAAGAUUUGGGAUUGAGUUGGCCUCGGCAGACUCUUAGGCCCCGUUUGAUUCCUAUAAAUGAAUCCAUGAUUCUGAA